AAUCUGCCUGAACUAUUUACGUGCACUGGCUGCAAGGACGAUGGAUCUGGGAAGAGAUUUGCAUGCCAGCAAUGUGAUAUUCAGCUCCACGAGUUUUGUGCUUUGUCGCCUCCAAUAUUACAGAACCAUCCCCUCCACGGCCAACACCAACUCGUGUUCCACGCUAAAACAAAACAAGCAAUAGCUGGAAUUUCGCGACCAAAGUGUGAUGUUUGUAACAAAACAAACAAAGGAUUUAGUUUCAGAUGUAGAGCUUGUAGUUUCCAGAUGCACCCUUGCUGCGCAAUGCUUUCAACUGAAAUGAACUUUCCAGUGCAUCCACAUACAUUGAAACUGUUACCACCAUUGAAUACAUCCUCAUCGAGUACCGAUAACAGGAUUCUAUGCCGUGAGUGCAAGAAGACGAGGUCGGGUCGAGUAUACUGUUGCACCGUUUGUGAUUACCAUCUCCAUGCAGUUUGUGCUAAGAAUUUGAUAAACGGGCUAGCUCUGGAGUAUCCCUUCCCUGGAAAAGCCGAGCACGAUUGGAAAAAGGGGCUUGCUACUCAGGCGGUUUUUAAAUUCGUAGGAGGGCUUUUUGAGGUGUUUGGGCAAACUAUAGCAGAAUACCUUUUACAGAAUAUUGCAAGAGGGAGGCGCAGCAGAAGAUCAAGUGAUGGUUAAUAAGUGAUUGAAGCUGCGCAGGGCUAA